AUGUCCACACUUCCAAGAUGCUCAGUGCGUCAAGUUUCUGACAAUGUCCAUCUAGUGACUCAACUUGUUCCGCAAUGCGCGAAUCCGAAAGUUACCACUGCGGACCGAUCAAGACUACUCUUCUCGCUAGGUCGAGUCGACAAGUCGUUCCCUCAUCCAGAAUUACCCACCACUAAUUCGUUAACGCGAUACAUUUCCGGAUAUUUCACUGGAUUUUAUCCCCAUAUCCCUUUUACUCACGGCCCAACAUUCAAGCUUGCCUCAUGCUCGCCAGAACUGUGUCUAGCAAUGAUGGCGCUUGGUGCAAUAGACAGAUUCGAGUUCACUUCGGCAAUCAAGUUGUUUCAUCUUUCCAAGGCGCUUUUGUUCGAGGGCAAAGAGCAGAGGGCGCAUUCAGGGAUGCAAAAAGAAACCGAGUCACCGAAGGAGAAGCGCACAUCGCAAAUACGGUUAAUCGAUGAGGUGCGAUGUUUGCUCUGUCUCUCGCAAUUUGCAUCAUGGCAAAGUGAUCCAAGCAUCAGGAAUGAAGCAUGCUUCCUACAGAGUGUUCUGGGACAGUCUCUUCGAUUGAGCGGCCUAGAAGAGAGUGCUGAGGUUCAGGAAACGCUUGACUGGGAAGAAUGGGCAGAGAAAGAAUCAGAAAGACGCACAAAGCUAUUUGCAUUCUGCAGUCUUGGAGUCCAAAGCAUUGCUUAUGAUAUGCCCCCGUUGAUUUGGUGCGACGAGAUUAACCUAAGGUUGCCAUGCUCUUGUCCAGAGUGGACAGCGCCAGAUUCAACGACUUGGGGCCUCUUGAGAGAGACUGCAACGUAUCAACAGGGGCGGUUUCGCGACACCCUUAGCCAACUGAUAACCGGCACUAAAUCACCAGAUCAUAUGUUCGCUACUCCAUCGCCGGUGGGAAAUUAUGUGCUGAUGCACGGCCUGAUACAUAAGAUCCUGUGGACUCGAAGGUCUAUUUCUGACGAUAUAUCGCGCACUACCUCGAAAGACUUUCAGUCAACUCUGGAGUCGGCUUUACGACGAUGGACUCUUUUAUGGCAACAAACACCAGAAUCAAACCUGGAGCCAUUAGACCCCAAUGGGCCGUUACCUUUCACGUCAAGUACUUUAUUGAGUCUUGCGUACAUUCGAAACUGUUCUGAAGUGUUUCAGACGAAAAACAUCUUCACCUGGGCCCCAACCGAGAUUGCUCGUUUGCUUCAGACGUCCAUGCAAGUGGAUCGCAAAGAGAGCUCGCUUCUAGCAGCAUAUCAUGCAACUCAUUUGCUGAAUACCUUGGUCGGGCUCGGUGUCCAAUACUUCAAACAUAACCAAGCUGUCCUCUGGAGUGUUGAAGCCGCUCUGUGUGGCCUUGAUUGCUCGAUUUUCCUUGAAAAAUGGCUUCGAAAGGCACAGGACACGAUGCAUGAUUAUCCUUUGUCUGAUCAUGAAAUACGUCUUAUCUCUUGGAUUCAGGACGUUGUUUACGAAGGCCUCUCGUCAACUGAUGAUGAUUCUUUUUCCGGGAGUGCUCGACCUGCCCUUUUGCCAGAUCAGAUUAUCACUGUAUGGUCACAUAUCAUGCAGGGUAACUCUCCUUUCCCGUUUAUUAAGUUAAUAGGCCAAGUGCUCGUUGAGUACAAACGCCUUUCGACUCGCCAGUGA